AUGGCGCCCCGUGGUCGUGGAGGAAAGUUUUCCAAGCCAACUCGAGGAGGAGGCAAACAUUUCAGUAGAGAUCUACAGCCAUUAGACAAGGAUGGUAACCAAAUGGGUCUCUGGCGGGAGCCUGGUGAUCAAAUCAAGUCAUCGGGCGACGAAGAUUCUUCAUCGGAAGAAGAAAGUUCCGAGGAGUCUAGCGAGGACGAGCCCAAGCCCACUGAGUCAUCCACGACUGCAGGAACCCGUGAGGAGCGCCGUGCAGCUGCUAAAGCUAAGAAGGCAGCCGCAUUGAAGAAGCGAGGCCAAGGACCAGCCCAACCGGGCGACCUACCCCCUUCAGACUCGGAAGGAUCCGACAACGAGCUCCCCGCCAACCCCAACCACACUGCCAAGUCCCGCUCACAGACCCUCAAGGCCGUCGAAGAGCCCGCUGCCGAGCCCAAAAAGCCCGCUAAGGUCAAAGAUAUCUCGCAGUUGUCCCGGCGUGAACGUGAGGCCGUCCAGGCUCAGCAGGCCCGUGAGCGUUACCAGAAGCUGCACGCUGAGGGUAAGACCGAUGAGGCGAAGUCGGAUCUGGCUCGUCUUGCUAUUAUUCGUGAGCAGCGUGAGGCGGAGCGCCAGCGCAAGUUGGCAGAGAAGGAGGAGAAGGAUGAGCAAGCUAAGGAACGUGCUGAUGCCGCUCAGGAGCGGGAGGAUCGUUUGCGCGCCGCAGCUUCAGGAAAGACUGCAAAGAAAGUUGGUGGAAAGAAGAAGUAA